CGCGUUUCCGGAGGCGUGUAAAGUUUCAGGAAGCUGUGGCCCGGAUUCAGUCGCCGGGUCAUGGUCUUCUAGUUUGCCCAAGCAGAGGCGACAGAGUAAAUCCCAAGUCAGCCACCGCAGGGUUUGUCCGAUCCGAGCUUGGGCCUCCGCGCUCCGGUCGUCCCGGGCAGCGCGCGCGGGAGUGCGCGUGCGCGCAGAAACAGGCGCCCCUCCCCCGGCCCUCGCUAGUUGCAGUGGUUGGGUUAGUUGGCUGCCUGCCUCCUUCUCCUGCGCUCCGCUGCCGCCUCCGCCGCCGCCAGCGAGCGCAUAGCGGGCGCCGCUGGCCCAAGUGAAGCAGAUGACGGAACGAGCGCUGGCGCGAGGAGGAGGCCGCUGCCAGCUCGAGAGGGUCAUCGGGCAGGAGCUGAAUCCCCUGCAGCCGCAGUCCCUCCGUCUCCUCUUGUUUGCCUCGACAUCCCUCCCAGCUGUCUGGGAAAUGGGACCAAUAUGAGUCCCGAGCUGCCGCCGGAGAAGGAAGAGCAGGCGGCGGCAGCUGCGGCGGCACCCGCGGCAUCAGCGGUGGAGGAGGAAGGAGGCGGCAUCUGCAAAAAGAGAAGUAGCCGCAUUAUGCUGGUGAAGAGGAUCAGCGCGAAGCUGGGGGGCAGCAGCUCGCAACAAGGUAUCGGCCAUCCUAGUGUAUACCAUGCAGUUGUCGUCAUCUUCCUCGAGUUCUUUGCUUGGGGUCUACUUACAACUCCUAUGCUCCUAGUCCUACAUGAAACAUUUUCUCACCAUACUUUCCUCAUGAAUGGUCUCAUUCAGGGUGUAAAGGGACUUUUAUCCUUUCUGAGCGCCCCCCUCAUAGGCGCUCUGUCUGAUGUAUGGGGAAGAAAGCCUUUUCUUCUGGUUACAGUUUUCUUCACAUGCUUCCCAAUUCCGUUAAUGAGAAUAAGCCCAUGGUGGUACUUUGCUAUGAUUUCUGUCUCUGGAGUUUUUUCAGUCACCUUCUCUGUAAUAUUUGCAUAUGUAGCUGAUAUUACCCAGGAGCAUGAGAGAAGUACUGCCUAUGGAUUGGUAUCUGCCACAUUUGCAGCAAGUUUGGUAACCAGUCCUGCUAUUGGAGCUUAUCUAUCUGCCAGCUAUGGAGAUAACCUUGUUGUGCUUGUGGCCACUGUUGUGGCUCUCUUGGAUAUCUGCUUCAUCUUGUUGGCUGUCCCAGAAUCUCUCUCUGAAAAAAUGAGGCCUGCUUCUUGGGGACCUUCGAUUUCAUGGGAGCAAGCAGACCCUUUUGCGUCUCUGAAGAAAGUGGGAAAAGAUUCUACAGUCUUGCUGAUCUGUAUCACAGUGUUUCUGUCAUACCUUCCUGAAGCUGGGCAGUAUUCUAGCUUUUUCCUCUAUCUAAGACAGAUUAUAGGUUUUGGAUCAGCUAAAAUUGCAGCAUUUAUUGCCAUGGUAGGAAUCCUGUCUAUUAUAGCUCAGACGGUAUUUCUUAGCAUCUUGAUGAAGUCAAUAGGAACUAAGAACACUGUUCUCCUGGGCCUGGGUUUUCAGAUGUUCCAGUUGGCUUGGUAUGGUUUUGGAUCGCAGGCAUGGAUGAUGUGGGCAGCAGGAACUGUAGCAGCAAUGUCAAGUAUUACGUUUCCAGCAGUCAGCGCUCUUGUUUCACGAAAUGCAGAGUCAGACCAGCAAGGAGUUGCCCAAGGAAUAAUAACUGGGAUUAGAGGUCUGUGUAAUGGCCUUGGACCAGCUCUCUAUGGCUUCAUAUUCUUUUUGUUCCAUGUGGAGUUAACGGAUGAGAGUUCUGCUACAAGCACCGUUCAAGAUUCCGGCAGUAAGGCGACCAUUAUUCCAGGUCCACCUUUCCUGUUUGGUGCGAUCGCAGUGCUCUUGGCUUUCCUGGUGGCCUUAUUCAUCCCCGAACAUAGCAAAGCCAGCGGUACGAGGAAGCACAAUAACAGCAUCAGUGGCAACCUGGCCCCCGGCCCAGAGCGAGGCAGCGAAGAGGACAUCGAGCCCCUGCUGCAGGAUAGCAGCGUUUGAGGACUCUUCUGGCGUGGUGGGCAGAGGGGGCUCCAGGGAACCGUGGAAAGGGCUGAAGGCCUCGGACAACCUCGGGAGCCUGCAGAGACGAUGAGCAGCGCCUCCCCGGGCUGGGCUCAGAGACCCUCUUCUCUUCCCCUCACCCUACCCCGUUGUGUCGGUGUGUUAGACCAAGGUAAGAUCUGACCUCCUCUGCACGCGAUGGGCACCUCUGGCAGAAGGAGAGAUGCAGUUAGUCAGGGUGGCAGAACCGCCGGCAUCCCUUGAAGCAGACCACGGAGGCUUCAAACUAGGCCACGUUUCCUGCAAGAGACCGUUAGGUUCCUUUCUGUGUUUCCGCUAGUGUCCUUGAAGGUAGAUCCCGUUCCGUCCGUGUGGUUUGGGGAUCCCUUUUAGGAAGGGGUCAUCUGUACACCAGUUGGCAGCAUCCUCAUUUCAUCCUUCAGGGCCUGACUACAGCAGACUCCAUCACGCCCGUGGGUAGUAAUAAUAGAGAGCAAUGAUGUAUUUUUUUAAACUUAGACAAUGUUCUUUAAACAGAUCAUGUAGAAUCCUACCAAAUUCGAGGACCGUCGAACCCAAAGUGGUUUCAAAAGGAAAAAAAAGUUCACGGGGGCCCACGGAACAGAAGUUGGUAUUACUUGUCUCCAAGGCUCAGUAAACAGGAACCUUCCCAAGGGUGGGGGGGCCGAGUCACGGGUGCUGAGGGAGUAUGUAUCCCAGCUCACUUCUCUUCCCAUCGCCCAGCUGACCUGUGAAAUGUGUUCCCAUUAAUUGCACUACUGCCUUAACUGCUCUGUAACGUGCAUUCAUUGUCCUAGUUAGCCUUCAUAGCCAUUCUGUUUCUCACUUGCUCAGUCUCAUGGGAGCAUUCGUGUAAAAUCCUUUCUGAAAGAGUGACGCUUUGGUGGAUCUAGUUUCACUACAAGUUCCUCGGUAACUUUUUGAGAUGUUUUAGGGGGAGAAAAUCUAUACGAAUUUAUAUGUAUUUUGCUGCACCAUUAAAAGGACCAUUGAACAACACCCAACUCUAAUGAAGCACUCCUAUGAAUGUUUUAUAUGUAUGAAAUAUAUGUAGAUAUUUGUACGGAGUUUUAAUUUUUUCCUGAUGGGGUGCUGUGUAAAUCUUGUAUUUAUAAAUGUAAUGAAGGUAUUGACUGAAAAAAAUAUAUAUACAGCUUUUAUAAAACGAUUAUGUACUGACUGAAUACAUUUAAAAGAAAAAUAUAUUUUGAAACAUGUUCUGCCUUGAAAAGAGGUAACAGGCUUUUUGUACUCUGCUCUUGGUUUUUAAGUGAACAAGCUUCCUAAUGCAUAAUAAAUUUACAACUUCAAUGUUUAA